AUGGAUGCUCGUAGCGAUAGCCGGAAGCUGCCGCGUGGCGAGCGCUGUCCACAUUGCGGCUCUCGAAAGUACUACUUGGAGAAUGGCCUCCGAUUCUGUGCCGACAAUGGUCAUGAGAUUGAGGGGUUCAUCCAAUUCGACAUUGGGGAUGAGGUGGACGCCGGGAAGAUGGGCGGUGUCGUCCGGAAAGAGAAGGAGGUCCGAGAAGUUCAAAAGAAGCAGCUCACUGGCGUCGAAGGAAAGUCUCUGUAUCUGGAGGCUUUGCAGUUUGUGCUGAGGGCGCAGAUUUCGUGGCUCGUCGACGAGAAGGGACACCGGGCGGAGCUUGAGACCAUCGUGAGAGAUCUCUGGGAUCUGAGAACCAGAGGUUUCAGCUCGCUUGUUCCUGUAGAAGACAGCACAGGAGACGAGGGGCUGGAGAUGUUCAGCUCUCAACCACAGGGCGCGGAUAUCGAAGAGGUGGUGAAGACAAGCAAGCGAACGCACGACUGGGAUGGGGACCGAGGGAAUGACUGGCCCAUGCCCCGAAUGGUUGAUACGCUGGGCUUAUGCUAUUUGGGCUGUCUCUUGUUGCGGAUCCCAACACGCAUUGGGGAAAUCUUCCAAUGGGCAAAUGGGGGAAACAUUCCAUACAAACGUAUCUACUACGAGCUUCCCCAAGAGAUGCGGGAUCGACUGCCUUCGGGGUAUGCUCGGGUCAUCAAACUCCCUGUGCUCACGCCCCUCGAGGGUGGUCAGCUACACCAUGUGGUCCUUCAGCUGGCAACCGGCUAUCAGGCAAACUACGGCAUGUUCUUUCCGGCUCUCAAUGAGGUUCAUUUGCUGGUUCAGUACGGCAAGCAGCUUGCCCUUCCACUUGAAGUUGUCAGGACUGCGCGGACCCUGGGUAACGUACUGGGAGCGGGCUUCGAACUUCCGGUUACAAAGUCACGUACAUAUCCCAUUGACCACCCUGAAAUUCUGGCGACCGCAUUGGUGGUUGUAGCGGCCAAACUGUGGUUGCCACUGGAGAAUGGCCAAGUGCCGCAGCUAUCUUUGGGGAGCGCACAUGCUGGAAAGUUCAGUUGGCAGAGAUGGUCAGACCUGAUGGGUGAUCCUGAGUCGGUCCUGAGCUCUUCAGCCGAACAGCCCUAUCAGGAUGUUACUGUCGAACAGGUCACAUCUAUGGAUGACGCUGAGCUUGAUCGCUAUUUCGCACACGUAGCUGGGCUGGUGGACGACUCCAGCGAAAAUCCGUUGGCAGAAUUUUUCCCGAAGCAGCAACAACCAGAGCCAGAUGCCCCUGCUCGAGAAAUGACGGGGGACGAGGUGGAUACGAGGACAAGCACCAUUCUUAGGAGCCUCCUUGAGACAGUCACGAGCGAUGAUGCCGAGAGGCAUGAUAGCUGGACGAAGCCCAAAUACAUAUCAUACAGAACCGUCUCGGGAAUGACGACGUCAGCCAGGAAGCUGUAUUCGGCCGCUGUUUUCGCGCACUCGAGGCGCCCCACCACCAAAUCGUGCGGCCAGAAAGUGUCAGGCAAAUCCGGCCCUCGGAAUCUCGAACUUCACAUCGUCAGCGUCACCCAACAAACCGUCAAGAUGCAGAUCUUCGUGAAGACCCUGACGGGCAAGACCAUCACCCUCGAGGUGGAGUCUUCCGACACCAUCGACAAUGUCAAGUCCAAGAUCCAGGACAAGGAGGGCAUCCCCCCUGAUCAGCAGCGCCUGAUCUUCGCCGGCAAGCAGCUUGAGGAUGGCCGCACCCUGUCCGACUACAACAUCCAGAAGGAGUCUACUCUGCACUUGGUCCUCCGUCUGCGUGGUGGUAUCAUCGAGCCCUCGCUCAAGGCCUUGGCUUCCAAGUUCAACUGCGACAAGAUGGUCUGCCGCAAGUGCUACGCUCGUCUCCCUCCCCGUGCGACCAACUGCCGCAAGCGCAAGUGCGGCCACACCAACCAGCUCCGCCCCAAGAAGAAGCUCAAAUAG